AUGGACCCUGACUUGGCAUUUACACCGUUCAAGGACGGCCAGUGUUGGUGGAAGGACAUGAGCGUACAGGAAUUCCUUUCUCGAGCCCGCCUUCCCGAAGACAUUACGAAGGCUUUCGCCAUGUUCCAUCAGCCAACGAAGCCCGUCAAUACGCUCAUUCCUAUCAUCAAGCAGUUUCUAUGCAACAUGGUUGAGGAACUCUCCCUGCCCCCAAGCCUCUUCCCUAUCAUGAUGCUGCUCUUUGGCCCCUCUUCAGAGCCUCUAGCCGACCCAGUCCUUGCGGAGGAGGCCUUUGAUGCUAUCGAACAAACAGCGGUUACGUUGAUCGAAGGAAGAAACUACUCCCGCCUCUUCGGCAGAUCAAUUCGUGGGGGCUUUGUGGAGGGCGAUUUGCCCGACCCGAACGGCAGCGCCGAGGCUGUGACGAAACUCUUUAGUGUAGGACGCCCUCUCUGGGGCGCCUACCUUGACUCCGGAUCGACGAUCGAGGCCUUAGUAGAGAUGGUAAAGGACAAGCUCCUUGCGCCGACACUGACAGCCUCAAAAGACUCACAACUGCUCGCCCUUCUCUGCAUGCGAGCCGAUCACUACGUCAGCCAACAGGCCCUUGCGGAACACAUGACUUCUAACUCUUUCCGCUUCGACAUUCCCCUGACUGGACAAGGAAACGUUCCGGUAACCGUGCAGCCUGGCGAGCCACUUCUCGCCUACGUAUCCUCGCGUUUGCUUAUGAACCCUCAAAACCGGCUCGACGCUCUCAGAAGUUGGGAGGCAUGCCUGGCAGCUGGGUCGGUUAUCUCUCGAGAUGUGGGUGAGCAGAUUGUCAUAAUGAUCCUUAUGUUUUCGUUCGACAAUGCAUUUUGCCCUCAAAUCCAUCUACCAAUGCCACUACCGCUUGAAAGCUUUUGGGACAGUGUUUUCGGCUCGGGGGCCGCGCUCAGGAUCUGCAGGCAAGAUAUUGCAACUGCCCCUAUCGUGUUCUUCAACCACUUUGUUCACGUAUCGGAAGCUCCUUCGCUGGAUAUCAUCAAGAAGGCUUUCACCCACGGCGCAGGGCUUUUGAUGCCCGCCCAGUCGAAAACAAUCCAUGCUCUCAUCCCCUUUCGAGGCAUUUACGGGCCUGGCGCCAUCCUGAUCCAGGUGGAGAGCCGCUACGAGUGCAAGCUGACGUCGAAGCUGAAGCAAGAUACGAGGGCCGCCAUCAAUGAGGAAAUUGAUAGACUGGGCAUACGGAACAGUCUCUCCGGAGGGUACAUUGGUAUCGUAAUCUAUCUUCGGCGCGCACACGGCAGCAUCCGGUACACAUUCUCUCCUCGGUAUUCCACCAGUCGUUUGACGGACUCAAAAACCUUCCCCAUUGCAUACGCCCUGGGGCUAGACGUGUUUCAGUGGAAUAAGGGGUGGCCCAAUGAAGGCGAUCUGUUCAGCGUGCUGAAUCGGAUUUUAAACACCUGGUCACACACGUAUCCUCAGCAUGCCCUAGAGCACCCAUACGUACAGCAGCUGGUGUACCCAUUCUCUCCUGUUGAGGGUCAAGCCGAGGAGGAGGCCAUGGAAGCCUAG